CGAGGGGGAUGGUUGUAUCCCCAGCUGGGUUACGUUUUUCCAUUCAUAUCCCUUCGAGCGUGAGUCUUGAGGAGAACGGUAUUCAAGAUUCGCACGCACACGUUCACUGGAGGGGAUAGACCAAUCAGGGCGGCGGAAUUUCGCUCACCCAGAUUUUCCGGAGUACGUUCGCUCACGUGUUGUGGGCAGUUUCCAUUUCUAGACACGUGCGAGAGUUCGGGAUUUCUCGGAAACAGCUGGGUGAGAAGUUACGAUCUAUUUUUUGCCUCGACUGUCACAAACACUCAACAACGACAAAAAAAACUUUUGCUCCUGCAAAAUCGUAAACUUCUUCUUCAACUUCAAGUAUUUACACUGCUUUAGGAGUUUGGAGAGGUGGGAUUCUCGUGGACUGUAAGGCCAAGGUGCAGAGGGAGAAACAGCUGAAGAUUGCAGAAGAGAAGAAGAUGAAGGUGGAGAAAGCUAAGGUCAUUGAGGUCAAGGUCAACAUGUGGAUUGAGGAAAGAACAACUAAGGAGCAGGAAUCGAGAAAAGCCAACUGGAGGCUAGAGAAGACAAAGAAACAACUUGAAGCAGAAGAGAAGAGGGGAGUCCAGGAGAAAGCAAAGGCCAAGGUGCAGAGGGAGAAACAGCUGAAGAUUGCAGAAGAGAAGAAGAUGAAGGUGGAGAAAGCUAAGGUCAUUGAGGUCAAGGUCAACAUGUGGAUUGAGGAAAGAACAACUAAGGAGCAGGAAUCGAGAAAAAGCCAACUGGAGGCUAGAGAAGACAAAGAAACAACUUGAAGCAGAAGAGAAGAGGGGAGUCCAGGAGAAAUCAAAGGUGAGUGUUCAAGGGAAAGUCCACCCUGAUAUUAAGUUGCUUUU